UAUCACGUGAUCACAAGUGGCCAAAAUUAUCCCAAGAAAAUUCCCAAACCGGAAAAUUUCCACCAAGUUUUCGGUCUUAACACGAAACAAAGUGCGUUUUUCUCGUUGGUUAAUUUCGCAUUUUCCGCCCUUAUGCCCAAGAAAGACCCGUGCAAGGUAUUCGCUUGUAGAAUCCAAAAGUGUCUCGAAGAUAACAAAUUCCAAGAAUCUGCCUGUCAGUACGCCAUCGAGGACCUCCACAACUGCUGCCGCAAGUGGAAGAACCAAAGCCUCGUCUGCGACGGUAUCAAAAUCGCCCCAACCCCCAAGGCGUGAUGAAACAAAAAACUC